UCUUUUAAAUUACAGCAUGGUUUUUUAUGUUAAAAUUUAAAGCAUAUUGAACAAAUAUAGGCCACCUACUUGCUACUGAAUUAGUGGAUUUAUCUAUUUUCUUCAAUUAUUUUUUAGGAAUGAAAUGUUAUUAUAAAAUCAAAGGCACACCGUAAAUUGACAUGUCGAAAGAAGGAAUUACAGAGGUCGACUUCCGACAGUUGCUGGUUGACGUGGCAGAAUGGUAUGAUCGGCUUGGAUACUUGACUAUGUUGAAAGUUCUAUACCGAGACAAUGUGAAUGACAAUUGUCAGUUGAUUAGUGCUACUACGGUGAUGGACUUACUACGUAUGUUAAUUUGUUCUGGAAAUUUGAGUUCAGAGAAUCUUACUAUCAUAUACGACACAGUGAGAGCAACCCAACAAUUUGGCUUUGAAUCGAAAAUCAAGGAUAAACUUCUACCAUUCGAAAAUAGCACGGAAUGCGGAGUUACUAAGUUUACACAAAACAGACUAAAACUUUUAAAGCUGGGAACAACGCUGACUCAAGAUGAUGUAGUAAGGCUUGAUGGAAUAUACAACAUACCUCUACUUAAAAAAUAUGGAGACAGUUGGAGUCUGAUUUUGGAUCUAGAACAAAGAAUGAAACUCGGUGAUGGAAAUAUGGACAACUUUAUCGAAGUGUUACGAAGUAAUGGUCUUCGCUGGGCAGUGAAAGCUUUAGUUGAUGACAAUGAAGCAGACGCAUUAAUGGUCAAAAGUCCAAACUUAGAGUUGCCAAGCCACCAAGAUGUGACUAUCAGAGAAUAUCUACUCAAUCGACAAAAGAAAUUAUGCUGCAAUGCAAACCGGUUCACACCAGCAACGUUGAAUACAAAAUACCAAGUAGAUCUUGCCGAUAUGUUCACGGAUCUGGAAAUACUCAAAGAAAAUAAGAAGAAGCGAGAUUCCAAGCAAACAACUCUGGAUGAUGUUUUGGGAAUCAUCAAAACACCUUCAUGUAAAGUUCUUAUCGAUGGUGAGGGUGGUAUAGGAAAAACAACCCUUCUUAGGUACUUAGCCUACAAAUGGUCUACGGAAUCAGAUGAAACCUUCAAAGGUAAAUUAGUAUUCCCUGUCAAUAUCAGAGAUAUGGAAGAAGGUGAGGAUAUCUUAGAUGUAAUUGUAAAACAAAUGAAUCUAGAAAAUUUCAAUUUGAAAACAAAUCUCCCAAAUAAUCCAAAUUUAAUAAAAAGAUUCAUAAGGAAGCAUGAUGACGAAAUUGUGUUGUUGUUGGAUGGAUUAGAUGAAUUAAGAGUUAGAAAUGAAAGUCCAAUAAGUCUUUUCAGAAAGGAAGAAUUAGAAAACAGCACGGUGAUACUCACAACCCGUUCAGAAAAUAUUGAUGAAUACAUUAAAGAGAGCAGUGUCCAUUUAAAGGUGAAGGGGUUCAAUGAACACAACAUAAAUAUAUAUAUAAAGAAAUACUUUGACUACGUGGAAGAACCUGCAUUGGGAGAUUCUCUUAUUAGGGAGUUGUCACGCUCAGUGAGUAUACCUACCUGGAGAAAUACACAUAAUGACGAAUAUUCUAUGUGUAAGAAUCCAAUGUUGCUUUUCUCAAUCUGUAUGAUGUGGGAAGAUAAGCAGAAUCUUCCAGCUGAUAAAACUGAUCUUUUGAAGGAGAUUUAUCGAUCCAUCUUGAAUCAGUUCAUUGAAAAACAAGAACCCAAAGAGCACAAAAUCUCUAGAUUCGAGGAGACACCAGUUAAGUAUGUAAAUGCUAUGCUUCUGUUAGGGAAAUGUAUGUAUAACAGCUUAAAGAGGAAUCAACUCUUAAUCAACAAGAAAGAUUUUGAAGGAAAACAAGAAAUGAUUGCGUUAGCAAUAAAAUUAGGAUUUGUGUACAAAGAUGCGCCAAAUAAGGAUAAGUUUGAUGAUAUUUUUGCAGCUCCUCACAAGUUAAUAGUAGAGUCAUUGGUAGGAUUUUACUUGUACAAACUAUGUGAUACAACAGGGUUGGAAACUGCCAGUUCAGGAGACAUGGCCAAUAUACUUAAGCCAUUAGAUGAUAAUGAAUGGGAGAUGGUAAUAGAGAACGAAUAUUUACACAUAGCAAUAGUGUGUACUAUUGGAUUCCUAGGAACUAAUGCUGAAAAGAUAUUGAAUCACUUGAUAACAAAUAGUUUCUCAAAAUAUCGCUCUCUAAUUGCAUAUUUAGACUUUGUGAAAGAAGGGCACAGAUAUGUUGUAGUAAAGGCACUUGAUGACCACUUGACCAAGAAAGGUUUAAAAAUAAAGCGACAUAUUGGUGACGUUUGUAAAUCACUUAAGAGAUUUAAACAUCAUUUAAAUCCUGAUGUACAGGAGGAAGAGGAACAUUUCAUACAUCUUAUGAGAAGAGUUUAUGAAGUAGUUCCAAGGGUAAAUAUACUUGAAUAUGAACAUGGAGAUAGAAAUGUGGUUGUGAAAUCUCUGAUUACUCCCCUUAAAAGUUUUUGUAAAAGACUGUCAGCUGAAAAAAUGGGCAGAAUGUUUGCGCACAUUAUGCUUGCUGUACCAGACCAACAGGUAAUUUUGAAAUGUAUCCAUGAAGUGUGUGCUGAUACUUAUGUGAAAUACCUAACAGCUGAAUUUCAGAAACUUAAUCUAAAAUAUGAUAUUACAGAUUAUAAAUUGUAUGCCUCAGUUCUCACUAUUCCACCCAG